GACAUUAAUCAUUCACGGGACGCGACUAAAUUAGAGUAACGCGCACGUCGCUGCCAUCAACAAAAACAAAACCUCAAAACCAUUGCUUGACGUCGCCCUGAGUUAGUUUGCAAACAGAAAUCGUUAGUCGCGUCUUCUUCGGACUGUUUAUCUGAUGAGCACAGGCAUUAGAGAUUCCAUCAGUGGGGCAAACACCUGACAUUUAUCCCAAUACCGCCGUGGCUAUCUGAUCGCCCCUGUGACGACGACGACGUCGCGCUGAACCACAGUAUUCUGGUGAAGGGCCAUAUCAGAUGAUUCUGCGAUACACUUGUCACAUAUCGAUUCCAAAGCUCCAGUAUACAUAGAGCUCGGGUGUUCCUGGUGACGUCAAAUCCGGAGAGCCGCAACGGCCACAUAGCAACCGGCCUACUGCGUGAAGAACCUCACGAUGGCGCCUGCUGGAGGCGGAGGUGGAGGUGGGAAUAUCAAAGUCGUGGUUCGAGUGAGGCCCUUUAAUGGACGAGAAAUCGACAGGAACGCACGAUGUAUCGUGCAGAUGAAAGGGAACCAGACGAUCCUUGUUCAACCUGACGCUGACGACAAACGUGGGGGUGGGAAAGGGGCUAAAGAUGCGAACCAGAAGACGUUUGCCUUCGAUAAAUCAUACUGGUCAUUCGACAAGUCGGACUCGAACUACGCGGGACAGGAUAACCUUCACGAUGAUCUUGGUCGGCCACUACUCGACAAUGCUUUCCAGGGCUACAACAAUUGUAUUUUCGCCUAUGGGCAGACUGGAUCCGGAAAGUCAUACUCCAUGAUGGGAUAUGGGAAGGAAGCUGGAGUGAUACCCAAGAUUUGCGCCGACAUGUUUGAGCGGAUAGACGUUGUGCAGAAGAACGAUCCGAAUGUGAAAUGCACAGUCGAAGUCUCGUACCUCGAAAUCUACAAUGAACGGGUCCGCGACCUGCUCAACCCGUCCACGAAAGGAAACCUCAAGGUCCGCGAGCAUCCAUCGACUGGACCGUACGUGGAGGAUUUGGCAAAGCUCGUCGUGUCUAGCUUCAGCGAAAUCGAGAAUCUCAUGGACGAGGGUAAUAAGGCCAGAACCGUCGCUGCGACAAACAUGAACGAGACGAGUAGUCGAAGUCACGCCGUUUUCACGCUGACCCUCACCCAAAAACGACAUGACGUUGAGAUGAAGAUGUCGACCGAAAAGGCAGCCAAGAUCAGCUUGGUAGAUCUUGCUGGCUCCGAGCGCGCAAACUCCACGGGAGCAACAGGCGCGAGGCUGAAGGAAGGUGCGGAGAUCAACAGGUCCCUUUCCACGCUGGGAAGAGUUAUUUCCGCGCUCGCAGAUUUGUCCAGCGGCAAAAAGAAGAAGGGCCCUGCGUCCUCUCAAGUUCCGUACAGAGACAGUGUCUUGACAUGGCUGUUGAAGGAUUCGCUGGGAGGAAACAGCAUGACGGCCAUGAUUGCUGCGAUCAGCCCGGCAGAUAUCAAUUUCGACGAGACUCUCAGUACGCUGAGAUAUGCCGAUAGCGCCAAGAGGAUCAAGAACCACGCGGUUGUGAACGAGGAUGCGAAUGCCAGGAUGAUCCGAGAACUGAGGGAGGAGCUUGCAACAUUAAGAGGCAAGCUUGUUGGUGGAGGAUCGAGUGGGCCCAGUGAAGACCAGUACGCCGAGGGAACUCCGUUGGAAAAACAGAUCGUCAGCAUCACACAGCCAGAUGGUACUAUAAAGAGAGUUUCAAAGGCGGAGAUUACUGAACAACUGAGCCAGAGCGAGAAGCUCUACUCGGACCUCAACCAGACUUGGGAAGAGAAGCUGCAGAAAACGGAGGAGAUCCACAAAGAGAGAGAAGCUGCGCUCGAAGAAUUGGGAAUCAGCAUCGAGAAAGGAUUUGUUGGGCUGCAUACACCAAAGAAGAUGCCUCAUAUUGUCAAUCUCUCGGAUGACCCUCUACUCACAGAGUGCCUCAUUUAUAAUCUCAAGCCGGGAACGACCACCGUAGGAAACGUGGCGACGAAUGCUCCAACGACUUCUGAAAUUCGAUUGAAUGGAAGCCGAAUCAUGCAUGAGCAUUGCGCGUUCGAGAAUGUCGACGGAAUUGUCACAAUCGUGCCGAGAGAGGGCGCGGCAGUCAUGGUGAACGGAAAGCGAAUCACCGAGCCACAAAGGCUGAGAAGUGGCUAUCGAAUUAUUCUUGGCGACUUUCAUAUUUUCCGAUUCAAUCAUCCCAUGGAGGCGCGAGCGGAGAGGGCAGAGCGAACAGAGAAGAGCUUGCUGAGACACUCUGUAACGGUCAGCCAGCUUCAGGGCAUUGAGAACUUCUCGCCGUCUCCGAGUCCAAGACCCGAACACCAUCGGAAUUAUAGUAAGGCCGACUCGGACUUUGAUUGGGAUAGCAGCAGGCCUGAUUCUCCUAUGCCGACGAGGGGCCGCGAUUCUGACUGGUCGUUUGCGCGGAGGGAGGCUGCUGGAGCUAUACUUGGGCCCGACCAGAAAAUCGCAGGCUUGACGGAUGAGGAGCUUAAUGUUCUGUUUGAGGAUGUGCAGCGUGCUCGCGCAGAGCGCCAGAACCGCGAUGCCGACGACGACCUGGAGUCGACAACAUCGUACCCAAUCAGGGAAAAGUACCUGUCCAAUGGCACCAUUGAUAACUUCUCUCUCGACACUGCCAUAACCAUGCCGUCCACUCCGAGGCAGGGUGAGGUGGAAGACAAACUACAAGUUCUGCGUGAGGAAAUGCAAGGUCAGCUUGAAAAGCAAAAGACAGACUACCAAGAACAGUUGAAGGCUGCCCAGGCUGAUAAUGUCGAGGUCGAGGAGAUAAAGAAGGAGAAGGAAAGGAUGGAAGAAAGCCUCAGGGAGGUUAAGGAGGAGAUGAUGAAGCAGCUUGUAGUUCAGAGACAAGAGUUUGAACAACGCAUCCAAGAACUGUCGCCGGCAUUGCCAGAGGCGGAUACGUUUGAUGAUCUGAACGCGGAAGAGAUUGAGAUUGCUCGGAAGGCAACAGAGCACUGGCGGAAGCGACGAUAUGUCCGGAUGGCUGAAUGCAUUCUUCAAUCUGCCGCGAUUCUGAAAGAGGCGCAGGCGCUGAGCCAGGAGAUGGACGAGAGCGUCGUCUUUCAGUUUGUGAUUCUGGAUACUGGCCAUGCUUUGUGCUCAUCGUACGACAUGGUUCUCAUCGGAAUCCCCGGGGAAGGUGAUGAUUCUGCCCUUGAGGACGCAGAAAGGCCAUGCGUGGCGGUGAGAGUUCUCGAUUAUAAAUCGGGCGUCGCCCACCACUGGAGUUUGGAGAAGCUGAAGGAGAGAGUCAAGGUCAUGCGACAACUCCACCAAUAUAUGGACAGGCCGGAGUAUAUGAAGCAUUUCAAACUCGAAAACCCGUUCGUCGAGACCUGCAUGCCCCGAUACACACUCGUCGGCGACGUUAGCGUUCCGUUGGCAGCUGUCUUUGAAAGCCGCGUCCAGGACUUUACCCUCGAUGUCAGGUCGCCUUAUACGUCAGACUCCAUUGGUCUGGUCAAGCUUUCCCUUGAACCCUCGUCAGCCAGGGCCCCUACGAAUACUUUAAAAUUCAACGUCGUCAUGCAUGAACUGAUUGGAUUCCCAGAAGACGAGGGCACAGAAGUACAUGCUCAGUUGUUCAUCCCUGGAAUAUCCGAAGAGGGAGGCGCCACCACCACCGCGAUGAUUAGCGGCUUCGAAGAGGGGUCGGUCAGGUUUGACAGUGUUCACAGCAUGAGCAUUCCUCUGUUCGGCCCCAAGACUAUAUCUUUGAGCGUUUCUAUAUUCGCAAAGGUAUCAUCAAUGCAUCUUGACAAGCUACUCAGCUGGGAUGAUCUCCGAGACCACGUCUCAACCCAGCAGAAACAACGAACGGCUCGAAUUGCUGAAAGCCAUUUUUAUGCAGAAGAAAAACACGACGUCUUUGCUCGGGUUCAAUUGCUCGAAUUAUCGGAAAAUGGCGACUAUCUCCCGGUCGAGGUCUUACAGGCCAAUGAUAUGGACAAAGGGACGUUUCAACUACACCAAGGGCUGCAGCGACGCAUCGUUGUGAAUUUGACACACAGCUGUGGGUCAUCUCUACCAUGGAAAGACAGCUCCAGACUUCGCAUUGGUGGCAUCCAAUUACUCGACCAUCUUGGAAAGGUUGUUGAUAUGAACUCGUCGACGCCAGAGAUUGAAUUGAAACUUGUCAUGGAUCCAAUUAUGAGGGCGAAUUCCAACGGAAGCAUGAGCGUUGCUCUGGUCGGGCAAUGGGACUCAAGCUUGCACAACUCACUGCUCCUUGACCGAAUGACGGCCGACAAGUACAAGGUGCAGAUGAAGAUUCUUUGGGAUGUGACGUCUGACAGCCUUGGGGAGCCGAUGACAUUCUCGUUGAACGUCGCCUCACAAGUUUUAUCGCGCUCAUACGUCCGCAACCAGUCCAUGUUUGCUGCCUUGUGGCAGAGCGCUCGCAUUGUCCAUUCGACAUCUGCCAUUUUCUCGAUAUGCAUACGGCCUAUGCCGGUUAAGAAGGUUGGAGAUCUGUGGCGGAUGAACACACAGCACGACUAUGUCAAGGGCGAAGAGAACCUCACUGGCUGGACACCAAGAGGAGUAUCGCUUGUCCACGACUUCAUCAACUCUAGAAGACGGAGAGAGCGCUCAGCUGAGAUCGAGGCAGCAAAGGCGUUUUAUAGCGCCGAGGAGUUGAAGGUUGAGAAGAAGGCCGACGAGGAAGAGGAAGCCCCGCCGAACGAGGAGCUCAUUCGCAAGGUUUUGAAUCUCUGGACGAUCUCGACUGGUCCGAUUGAGAACUUAUUGCGAAACGCAAACAUCGAACCUCCGACCGAUGGACCUGCUGAACCGGGUCCUGACAACGCCGUCCGUUUGACAGCGAGCGUGGCUCUAAUUCAGAGAUCGGCUCAGCUCCUCAAAGGAGGAUACCUACUCGUGCCAUCGCUUGACAGCAGCAAAUGGGUACGACGCUUUGUGGAACUGCGACGGCCAUAUCUCCACAUCCACUCCAUACCCGAGGGAGAGGAAAUCGGAAUCGUGAACUUGCGGAACAGUCGCGUAGACCACCAGCCGCAAAUCGCGAAGCUUCUGCGCCAGGACGGCAAGGGGAGGGACAGGAAGGAGACGGUAUUCGCGAUCUACGGCACCGACAACACAUGGCUCUUCGCCGCGCGGAGCGAACGCGAGAAGGUCGACUGGAUUUUCAAGAUCGAUCAGGCGUACUUUGGCAGCGGUAAUGGGAGCGCCGACGAGGAUGUCGACGCGGAAUCGUGAAUUUGCCUACGACGAUAAUGAGGGACGCAUUAGAUGGUUUGAUUCGAGACGAGAAGCAUGAUACCCGAUCUACUUAGAAGUAGUAUAUGUAGAUAUGAUG